AAGGCAUUUCUAAGAAAUAUUUCACAAAAUCCUGUGUGUCGUGACCUACCUAAAACCUUCGUCACGCGACCAUCCCUAAAUCAAAUGUAUCUCAACGGGGCUAUCGUGUAAAAGCAACAGCCAGCGAAGGACGAAGCCAAUCUAACGGGACAAAAGGGACGAGCAGGACGCAGGACUCGUGUGCGUGUGAUUGUGUGGGAUGGAAGAGGAAGCAGCAGCACUGGCCAGCCAUUCACCCACCAGCGCUGACGCAGUCGAGCCAGCUUCGAACGAAUUGGGCAAAAUUUAAUUCACGCCGCCGGGUCUCUAAAAAUUCACGGGAGCCGAAGGAGCAACAGGAGCAGGAGCAGCAGGAUCAGUGCGAAUCAACAUCAUGUAUCGGCUAGCGGUGCGAGAUCAGUGCAAGUGCGCCCUGCAGCGUACGCUGCAACAGAGCACCACAAACAGCAGACAGUUUGGCGGAAGCAGCAGCGGAAAUGGGAGCAGGGACCAGGGCCGGCGGCAACAAGGACAUCAAGGAUACCAGAGCCUGCCGCCGCCACCGAAUAUGCGCGAAGCUGGCUUCGGCAAAGUGGUGCUCUUCGUCUCCCCACUGGCGGCCGUCGGCGGAGUCAUCACCUAUGCCAAAUACGACGACGACUUCCGUAAACUGGUGGAAAAGAAUGUGCCCGGCUCAGGCUCCAUCAUCAAAGUGGCGCUGCAGGAGGAGCCGCCCUUUAAGGGCAUCACCAAGAACGUCAACGAUCAGAUCGACAAGGUCAAGUCUGGCUUCGAGACCGUGACCUCCACCGUAGACUCGGUUACCUCCAAGGUGACGGGUCUGUUUGGCGGCGGCAGCGGCAGCGGUGAUGACAAAACCAAGAAGGCCAAAGUGGAGCCGUUGAAGGCCACUCCUGCCGAGGAGAAGAAGCCUUCGAAAACCGCCGAGGUCAGCAAGACGGAAGCAAAGCCAGCGGCGAAGCCCGAGAAGCCAGUCGCAGCACCUGCGCCCGCUCCCAAGCCCAAGGAUGAGCCGCUGCCCCGCGAGGUCGUCGAGUUGGAGAAGGCCAUCGAGCUGGCCGCCCAACUGGCCGUCAAGGAGUACAACAGCGCCAUAUCCGUGUUGAAGGGCUUCAAUGAUGAUGUGCGCAAGGUGGUGGACAAGGCGGUGGAGAAUGGAGAGAACUCUCUUUGGACCACGCUUAAGAAUCGCGCGAGUGCCCGUGACACGGCCGUGGCCACGGCGGAACGAGCAGCGCGUGAGGCCCAGGAGAAGAUUAUUGCCUGCGAGAUCGCCCUGAGUGCAGCGGCAACGGCGCAGAACUCAAAAAAAGUGGAGGCUGUGCGCGACAAAAUCAAGAAGCUGGUGGAUCACAUAGGCAACGUCAAGGAUGAGCUCUACCGGCACAAGGACACUGCCAGCGUGUCGGACAAGUACUGGCGCAAUGUGGAGAAGGCGCGCAACUACUUCAUUGACGAGAUCGAGUCUAUUUUCCCCGGCCUCAGCUUGGCGGACAAGAAACUCAACUUGUCAAAGGAGGACCUCGACCUGUUCAUCCUGCAUGCCUACACCCAUGUCUUGGCCUACCAAAAGGAGCUGCAGCGCCUGCAAACCGACGGCGAGCUGCGCCUGAAGCGGGCCAUUGAUUCGGUUCGCGGCGACAACGAUUCGGAGGCUCUGCGCGCCCAACUGGAAUACCAUUUGGAGGCCGAGCGACGCAAGCUGGCCGUGGAGAACCAGAAGAAAAUCUUCCACAUCCACGCCGAGUCGGACAAGCAGCUGCGUCUGCAGCUCAAAAAGCAGGCGGAGGCCCACGCCGACCACAUCAAGGACAUCGUAGCCCAGCGGGAGACCGACCUCACGCGCAGCUUCAAGCGCGAGCUGGAGGACAAGCUGGCCAGCGAGAAGGCCAACUAUAAGCUACAAUUGGCCGCCAUGCUGGGCAAGCUGCGCGGCAUGGAUGCGGCUUUAGCAGAGCGUGCGGAUGCAGAGCGUACUGCCAAUCAGGCGCAGGCCUUGUGGGCCGCCUGUCAAGCUCUGUGGGCCUCCGUGCGCACUGCCACUCCUGGCGUGCACUACAAGGAGAAGCUGCGUCCGCUGAAGAACGAGAUCAACGCCAUUGCCAAGGUGGCGAAGGGCGACGAUCUGGUGGCGGCCGUCUUGCAGAGCAUGCCACAGGAGGCUCAGGAGCGCGGUGUCUAUCCCGAGGAUGCGCUGCGAGAGCGUUUCCUUAACGUGGAGCGCGUGGCACGACGACUGGCGCUGGUGCCAGAGGAUGGAGCCGGCCUGCCCAUCUACUUCCUGUCCUAUCUGCAAUCGCUGUUCAUCUUGCGACCCGAUAAUCCCAUAUCCAAGGACGAACUCGAAAACAAACCCUUCGACUACAGUAAACUGGACACCUACGACAUCCUAAAUCGGGCCAGAUACCAUGUGGAUCGCAGCGACUUUCUGCAGGCGCUGAAAUACAUGAACCUGCUGCAGGGUGCAUCCCGCCAGAUUGCCGGCGAGUGGAUAAAGGAGGCCCGGCUUAUGCUGGAGACGCAGCAGGCGGCCAACACUCUGAUGGCCCACGCAGCAGCCAGUGGCCUUUUGUAUUUGUAGACUACGUCCCACAAACCCUUCCUCCAGAAACAAAACGAUACACUUAUUAUUUGUUAUUAGUCCGGGAGAAGACGGAACAAAAGCCACUUAAUGCAACAAAUAAACAGCAAUAUGUAAUUUGUCCAAUUAGA